AUGUUAAUUUUAAGUGUAAUAGUCAGUAGUUUAGUUCUUGCAGCUGCUGAAGAGGACACGAGUGCGCAAUACUGUGAUAAAACAACAAAAUCUUGCGGGAACAAUGAUGAAGUAUCUUAUGGUAAAAAACACAUAUUCUACGAUGUUAAUCCUCCUGAAGGCUUCAAUUUACGAAGAGACGUGUAUAUGAGGUUCGCUAUAAUGUUAGCUGAGGCUCAGAAACAAGGUAAAGACAACUGGGAGCUAGUUUUGCCUCCUUGGUAUAACCUCUAUCAUUGGAGGUCGGGACGCCGCCAACCAACACCUUGGAACAAAUAUUUCGAUAUAAAAUCAUUAAAAUCAUACUCUCCAGUCGUCGAAAUGCAUGAAAUAUUCUCAAAAACUAAGAAAAAGGAAUUAGAAAUCGAUGUUUUGUAUAUCUUGGAGAAUUAUGAGGAUCCAUUUGAAAACGGAGUUUUUAAUGAAAAAUGGCACGUCAAAGGCGAAUGUGAAUACGAUGGCUUGUACUGGGGGUACAACAAUGUCACAGCCAAAGAGGUUCUAUGUGUUCAAUUCCAAGGAAAAGCGUCACAACUGUGGGAAUUAAUAGCUUUACAUCCACACGCAACUAAAUUAAUGUUUUCGCAUGGCGAAAUACCUUUACACGACACCUAUGGCACAAAAUCUUACUGGGAUUGCCGUAAAAGCAUGAAAUUUAAUAAAAACCUCAUUCAUAUAGCUAAAGAUUACAUUGCAGAAUAUUUAAAGUGUAAAACGGAGAGAUGUGCUACGUACUUCAGUGUUCAUUGGCGAAGACAGGACUUUGCCCGCAGCAGAGGCAAUCAAGUACCAUCAAUAGCUGGUACCGCUAAACAGAUACGUAAAGCGUUGAAGAAAUUACCCGAUAUCAAUAAAGUUUUCAUAGCAACGGAUGCAUCAAUGUCCGAAAUAAAUAAGUUGGAAAACGCUUUAAAUGACUACGGUUACGAGACCCACUUUUUCUUACCGAGUCCCUCGAUAAUUGAGGAGUAUGGAGAUGGUGGGAUAGCUAUAAUAGAUCAGAUCAUCUCAUCUCAUGCUGCGUACUUCAUCGGUACCCAUGAAAGUACAUUUACGUACAGAAUUCAGGAGGAACGGGAGAUUUUGGGUUUCGAUAGCAGUACUACGUUUAACAGACUAUGUCCUGAUACCGGACAUUGUGAGAAAUCUACAAAGUGGUUGAUUGUCAACUGA